UGCUCUGGAAUGGGGUGAUGGGUUCUACAAUGGAGAUAUCAAAACAAGAAAGACGGUUCAGGCCGUGGAGUCGAAUGCUGAUGAUUUGGGACUAGAAAGAAGUGAUCAGCUGAGGGAGCUUUUCGAGUCUCUCUCUCAAGGUGAAACGAGCCCUCGACCUCAAAGGCCCACUGCUGCAUUGUCCCCCGAGGAUUUAACGGAUGCAGAGUGGUAUUUCUUGAUUUGCAUGUCGUUCGUGUUCAACAUUGGCCAAGGGUUGCCCGGGAGGUCAUUGGCUCAAAAUGAAACUGUGUGGUUGUGCAAUGCUCAAUGUGCGGAGACCAAAGUUUUCUCCCGUUCCCUGCUUGCAAAGGCAAGUGCACGAACGGUAGUGUGCUUUCCACAUUUAGGUGGUGUAAUGGAGCUUGGAACUACUGAGCUGGUUCCUGAGGAUCCAAUUCUGAUUCAGCAUGUAAAAACAUUUUUCCUGGGGAGUCCUUCCACAAUUUUCUCCAACAUUCCCAAUCAUGGAGAUCCUUCUUCGGCUAACGAACUCGGAAAAAAUAUUGAUCAGCAGCUAUCAGACUAUCAAGACACUACUAACAUUUGUUGUCCCGAGAUCAAUUCAGAUGAUUUUCCAGACAACUUUCUGAAAGAGGAAUCGAAUUUCGGAAAUGACGUUUAUGAGGAAGCUUCCCAAAUGCAAAACGGGCAAUUUAAAGACAACUAUUCUUUGAGCUCGAGCGAUUGCAUAUCUCAAACUCUUGGUAAUCCUGAGACAAAUAUCGUGUCUUCGGACAAAAGUAAGGCCCAUGAUGAUUUUGUUCGCAGUCAUGAGCAGGCACACGACUCGUCCGGUUUUGAAGGCAAUGCUGACAGUACUCGUUAUCAAAAUUUGCUUUUGAAUCUUUUAAGGGGCUCCCACGAGUUGAUUUUGGGGCCGUACUUCAGUAAUGGAAGUAGGAAAUCUAACUUUGUUAGUUGGAAGGACUCGAAACCGUGCAGCAGUUCCCUUCGAACCGGGACAACACCACAAAGGUUACUUAAGAAAGUAUUGUUUGAAGUUCCAAGAAUGCAUGAAAAGAAUAGUCGGACCAAAUCUAGUAACAAACAACAAAGUGACAAAAAUGACGGCUGUAAACGAGACGGUGAAGAAGGUGGUGAUAGAAACCAUGUCUUGUCUGAGAGGAGGCGCAGAGAAAAAAUUAACGAGAGACUUAUGAUUCUUGGAUCACUUAUCCCAUCUGGUGGCAAGGUUGAUAAAGUAUCUAUCCUCGAUCAUACAAUCGAGUACUUAAAAGAGCUGGAGAGAAAACUGGAAGUGUUAGAAUCUUACAAAAGAGCAAUGGAGCUAGAAACAACAAGGACACAACAAACGGGACCUCAUGAAGCCAUUGAGAGGACAUCAGGUAAUUACAGCCCUAGAGAAACUGGCAUUUUGAAGACUCCACUGGGGAACAAGAGAAAAGCUUGUGAUACGGAUAAAACAAUAGCUGAUCACAAAAGGGGCCGACCAAGAGAUUCUUCAAAAGGCAGUAUAAUUCUCAAUGUCACAGAAAAAGAUGUGUCAAUUGAUAUCAAGUGUGGUUGGAGGGAGUUUGUGUUGGUUGAAAUUAUGGAAGCUAUAACGAAGCUUCAUUUAGAUUCACAAACCGUUCAGUCUUCCGUUGCCGAUGGAAUUCUCUCCAUGACUAUAAAAGCCAAGUGCAAGGAAGUGAAAGGUCCAUCAGCAAGUGUGAUCAGACAAGCACUUCAGAAAAUUAUCAGAAAAUCUUGA